AUGUACAGCGAGAUAUGGCAGGAUCCACGACUUGCGUUCAAGCAUCUCAACGUCUGCGCCACGAACAUCACAUUGAAGUCUGAUUUUCGUAAACGAAUUUGGACACCGGACACAUGUAUUAUCAACAGCAAGUCCAGUUCAAUUCACAGUUCACCGUCCGAGAACACCUUUGUGAUUCUGUACGAAAAUGGACUUGUUUGGAGUAAUUUCAGGUGA